CGUCACCCGUGGACCUUGCUUCUUUCUUCUGGGGUACCUCAACGUUUAUAAACUUCAUUACGUUUCUACCUGUAUAUAAACAGGAAGGAACAUGUCGCGAUGCCCCAGCCCUGUCAUGAGCUGCAAGGAAUUGCAAUCCCUAACGGUUCAAAACGGUGGUCUGAAUCUUAAUGGUCCUGAUGAUGUUUAGCGUAGACUCGCAUUCGUAUUCCGGGCCAUCGCCCAGUUAGCCCAGCUAAAAAAAAACCCAAGGAGAAUGGAAUAAGCUUCAAUGACUUAUGGAAUCCAUCCUCACCACAAAUUGAUGCUCCUACAUUACUGCGAUAAUCAUAUCCGAGCUAGUGGUUCAUCAGAAACAUGCUCGUCGACCCCGUCCCUCGCAUCGAUUCCCUUAUCAACAAAGCUCUCGCCUGUCACACUAUCUUCGCCUACUCCACCAGCUUACACUCUUAUCCUCGAGGUAGUUGGCGAUGAGCUCCUCGCCCUCCUUAGGGGAUGGGGACAAGAAUCCCCCCUCUGUUGCCGAAAAUCAAGUGCCUGCACCGGGGAAGGAUCAUCGUGGCCGCGUCAUUGACUUCCUCAGGGUUGAGGAGGGCGAAGUCUACACGGCUCAUUCGAGAAAGAGACCCAAGUGGUACCAGAGACUCUUAGACGCCGGCGCCGAGGAGAAUGGCAUCAAACCCGUGCCGGCGGAGCAGAGGACUAACACGGAGUACAACAAUCUGUUCACUGUAUUCUUCACAUCUCUCUUCUGCUUGCUGCCCCUCCCGACGGGCAUGCUUGCUACCCUGGAGUAUGGCAUGAGCCUUCGAGAUUCGGCCAUUAUCAUCGUCUUCUUCGCCAUGCUCACCUGUAUCCCACCGGCCUUGAUGUGUAUGGCAGGCCCGCAGACCGGGCUGCGACAACUGGUUCAGGCAAGAUACUCUUUCGGCUUAUAUCUUGUUACCAUCCCGCUUCUCUUGAACGCCGCCACCAUCAUAGGCUUCGCUCUCAUGUCGGCCAUCGUUGGCGGGCAGGCCAUUGCCGCCCUGAACCCGGAGAACGUCAGUGUUGAUAUUGGGAUCGUGGUGGUCUGCGUCGGGGCAUUCGCUGCUUCUAUAUUGGGCUACCGGGCAUUGCACUGGUGGGAACGCUGGGCUUUGCUACCCAACUUGGUUGCUAUUGUCGUUGCUGUCGGCUGCGGCGGCAAGCAUCUUCACCUCCAGAGCGACCACCUUCCGCCUCCAACUCCCUUUAAGGUCUUGACUUAUGGCGGCCUAAUUGCCGGUUAUUUCCUUACGUUCGGUGGUAUUGUCUCGGACUACUCCAUAUAUCACGACCCAGAGGGACCCAAAUGGAAGAUCUGUGUGUACACAUACCUUGGCCUCCUCACAUCGUCUGUUCCGCUUCUCAUUCUCGGCGCCGCCAUCGGCGGGGCCAUCCCCAAUGUGGACUCGUGGGCGGCUGCGUACGAGAUCUCGGGCAUCGGCGGAGUCAUCCUCGAGAUGCUAGCGCCGUCCGGCGGGUUCGGCAAGUUCAUCAUGGUCUUGCUAGCUCUCAGUGUCAUCGGGAAUAUCGCAAUGAGCAUGUACAGCAUGGCUCUUAACCUCCAAUUGCUGCUUCCCUUCUUGGCCAAGGUCCCCCGCUUCUUCUUUACUAUCGUCACCAUGGCCAUCAUGAUCCCCCUCGCCAUCCGUGUCGCCGAGGAGUGGGAGACGAGCCUGCAGAAUCUCCUCGCUCUUAUCGGAUACUGGGCCGGCUGCUUUGACGCCGUGCUGAUCGAGGAGCUUGUCGUGUUCCGCAGGAUGGACUAUACGACCUACGACCAUGCUAUCUGGAACGUCGGCCGGAAGCUUCCCAGCGGCAUCGCGGCCAUACUUGCGUCUCUUAUCAGCAUGGCCCUUGUGAUUCCCGGGAUAUCCGCGGUCUGGUACACAGGGCCUAUCGCAAAGACGACAGGGGAUAUUGGGUUCGAGAUGGCUUUCAUCGUAACCGCCAUAUUCUAUUUCCCGCUCCGAUGGCUUGAGGUCAAGUGGCGUGGCCAUCUCUGAUUUUGCUUGGCUUGAUUUAGUCAUAACCUUGUAUGAUUUAGCGAUCAAAUGCUUGGCUUCUGUGACAGAUAUAAUAGCGAUGACCAUGAAUCAUGAUACCCUGCCUUGAGUAAGAACAUAGGUU